AUGGAGACCACCAAGACGGUCACCGUAGGUGUGCUCGCACUUCAGGGCGCGUUUGAGGAGCACAUUUCGAUGCUUCAAGGUUUGGAUAACAUAAGUGUGGCGGGUCAACGUGUGAUUGUAAAAGCAAAUGCUAUUCGUCUGCCCAACCAGCUUGAGACCGUGGACGCACUCGUUUUGCCUGGAGGCGAGAGCACUACGAUUGGCAAGGUAGCCGUGCGAUGGGGUCUUGUGGAGCCACUAAAAAAGUGGGUUGCAGACGGUCGCCCGAUUUGGGGCACGUGUGCUGGCAUGAUUAUGUUGAGCCAGCAGGCAAAGCAUGCAGAAGAGGGUGGUCAAACGCUUAUUGGCGGACUAAACGUCUCGGUCUCGCGUAACUUUUUCGGGGCGCAAGUGCACAGCUUCGAAAUGCUUAUAGCUGGUCCACCGGGUCUCGAUACUACGCCAUACAAUGCAGUGUUCAUUCGCGCGCCUGCCAUUAUCUCAGUGGACGACAAUAUUGAGAUUUUGUCGCGUGUGGCAAACGCCAAGCCUGCAGACGGCUCUGACCCUGUGGAUGUCAUUGUUGCUGCACGCAAAGACAACAUUCUUGUCACAGCCUUUCACCCUGAGAUUACCGAUGACACACGCUGGCAUCAGUACUUUAUUGAGACAAUAGUACUGCCGCGGAUAUAG